AUGUGCGUGACAAUGGGGGACAUCAGCGACCUGGACCGACAGAUCGAGCAACUGCGGCGCUGCGAGCUCAUCAAGGAGAACGAAGUGAAGGCGCUCUGUGCCAAAGCCAGAGAGAUUCUAGUUGAAGAAAGCAACGUGCAGAGGGUGGACUCCCCAGUCACAGUGUGCGGAGACAUCCACGGCCAGUUCUACGACCUGAAGGAGCUGUUCAGAGUGGGAGGAGAUGUGCCCGAGACCAACUACCUCUUCAUGGGAGACUUUGUGGACCGAGGCUUCUACAGCGUGGAGACCUUUCUGCUGCUGCUCGCUCUCAAGGUGCGUUACCCCGACAGGAUCACUCUGAUCAGAGGAAACCACGAGUCACGGCAGAUCACGCAGGUUUACGGCUUCUAUGACGAAUGUCUGCGAAAGUACGGCUCGGUGACGGUCUGGAGGUACUGCACCGAGAUCUUUGACUACCUGUCCCUGUCGGCCAUCAUCGACGGCAAGAUCUUCUGCGUGCACGGCGGACUCUCUCCCUCCAUCCAGACCUUGGACCAGAUACGCACCAUAGACAGGAAACAGGAAGUGCCUCACGACGGACCCAUGUGUGAUCUGCUCUGGUCCGACCCUGAAGACACCACAGGCUGGGGGGUCAGUCCCAGGGGGGCCGGGUACCUGUUUGGCAGCGACGUUGUGGCUCAGUUCAACGCUGCCAACGACAUCCACAUGAUCUGCAGAGCGCACCAGCUCGUCAUGGAGGGAUACAAGUGGCACUUCAACGAGACCGUGCUGACCGUGUGGUCGGCGCCCAACUACUGCUACAGAUGUGGGAACGUGGCGGCCAUCUUGGAGCUGGACGAGCACCUACAGCGAGAGUUCAUCAUCUUUGAAGCAGCGCCGCAGGAAACCAGAGGCAUCCCCUCCAAGAAACCUGUGGCUGACUACUUCCUCCCUGGAUCUGUGAGGCGGGCAGACCCAUGCCCCAGCUCCGGUGUAGGCACUCUCCAGCGGCUGCUUCCACUCAGUCCACGACCCAGAGCCAGAGUGAUGGAGUCCCAGGUUGAGAUGCUGCAGCGGCUGAGGGCCUCCUUCAGCUCCAGAGUGACAGUUCCUGAGUCCUUCAGACGCUCUCAGCUCCUCCAGCUCCAGUCCCUGCUCCAGGAGAACGAGCAGCUGCUGCUGGACGCACUGCACAAAGACCUAGCAAAGCCAAAGUUUGAGGCCGUCCUGUCAGAACUUGCCAUCGUGGCCAACGAGCUCAUCUUCGCUCUGUCCAACCUCAGGAGCUGGUUACAACUGGAACAUGUUACAAGAACCAUGCCCACUCAGGCAGACGCCUGUUACGUUCGUAGGGAGCCUCUGGGUGUUGUUCUGAUCAUCGGACCCUGGAACUACCCCAUCCACCUGCUGCUGCUGCCCCUGGUGGCCGCCAUCGCUGCAGGAAACUGUGUCGUGAUCAAACCGUCUGAAGUGACUCCGUCUGUGGCUGAGGUCAUCGCUGAACUCAUCCCUAAAUAUCUGUCACAGGACUGCUUCAGUGUUUUUUGUGGAGGAGCAGAAGAAACCAAAGCACUUCUACAGAAUAAGUUUGAUCACAUCUUCUACACAGGUUCUCAGGUCGUAGCCCGCAGCGUUCUUGUGGCUGCCGCGCAGCACCUGACGCCGGUGACGCUGGAGCUCGGGGGAAAGACGCCGUGUUUCAUCCAUGAGCGCGUGGACAUGAUGGCGGCCGCUCGGAGACUGAUCUGGGCCAAGUUCUUUAACGCGGGUCAGAGCUGCGUGGCGCCGGACUACGUGCUGUGCUCGGCCGAGACUCGUGACGCGCUGCUCCCGGCGCUGGCCCAGAGUCUGAGCCACUUCUACGGCGAGAAGCCUCAGGGCAGCCCUGACCUCGGGCGCAUCGUGUCCGGGCGCCACUGGACCCGCCUCAACGCCAUGCUGCAGAGGAGCCGGGGCCGCGUGGUGCUGGGCGGGCAGGUCUGCGAGGAGGACCGCUACAUCGCUCCCACCGUGCUGGUGGACGUAGAGGAGGACGACGCCCUGAUGCAGGAGGAGAUCUUUGGGCCUCUGCUCCCGUUUCUCACCGUGAGCUCCGUGGACGAAGCCAUCGACUUCAUGAACCGACGAGACAAACCCUUGGCUCUGUACGUCUUCUCUGAGGACUCCAAGGUGGUGAACACAGUCCUGGAGAGGACCAGCAGUGGAGGCUUCUGUUCAAACGAUGGUAUCGUGUACAUGACGGUCCCUGGUCUGCCGUUCGGGGGCGUGGGGGCCAGUGGCUUCGGGAACUACCACGGGCGCUGGGGCUUCGAGACGUUCAGCCACCAGAGGGCGGUGUUGCUGCGCACGUGGCCCAUGGAGAUGAUCAACGGCCUCAGAUAUCCUCCGUACACAGAGAAGAACCUGACCUGGCUCCGCUGGGCCGCCAUGCCCAAGAACUGCACCAUCAUGUGA